AUGGUGUUGGACGAGCACUACGAGAUGUGCCUGCCCAUCUUGCAGGACCCCGCGCUCGAAGAUGAGGAUAAGACCGAUAAAAUAGAAGAGCUCUUCAAAAAGGAAACCAACAUGGUUGGCUCGUCUCUGGAGAAUGCCAUCCUCGAUGUCAUGUGGAGAUGGCGGGAAUGCGGAGGCACCUCCACGUCACCGCCUCCAAUCCGUCAGACCAUCCUGCGACGACCAUCGCCAGCUUCGUGGAGAGGCGGAACGCCGUUAUCAGGCUCGCCUCGCUUGGCCGUCAGUCCUCUCGCGCCGCCAGGGUAUAUCCCUGCCACCUUUGGCAGGACCAAGUCGGUUACGGCCUCUCCCUUUGGCUCGCCGCGAGCCUCGCCUCGCCUGGCUUUUGCGACCCCUGUGAUUCCCCAUAGUCCAAAUCUCAAUGCAUAUGAGUUCGCUAGCGACCCCACCCCCGCCACAGAGAUCCUUGGAGAGUACCAGAUCGAGAAUGUCGACUGGCUCGUCAAUGAUGAUACCAUCAGCCUCUCCUCGUCUGUGGGGACCACCAAGAGCCUCAAUGCCGCCGCGCCAGAGUUUUCGUCAAUGUCCUCGCAGCAAAUCGACAUGUCGCCUUACGACAUGCUUAGGUCAAUCCUGGGACACACAAGGACAGACGAAGAGAUAGAAUCUGCUCUUGCGGCACACAACUACGACUUGAGCGCUACUAUUACGUCCAUGAUGGAGAUUCAGCAGGACGGAGGUGUCCGGCUCGAUGAGCCCAAAAAUGUCCUCAUUGGCAAAUCUAUAUCUGCAGAGGGUCGUCCAUCUACCCCAGUGAACCAAAAAGCAGGUGUCAUUUGCAAAUUCUAUAUGUCUACCGGACAGUGUCUGCGCGCAGACUGCCGAUUCAGCCAUGACCUAAGCAACCACCUCUGCAAAUAUUGGGUCAUGGGUAACUGCUUGGCCGGCGAGACAUGCAUCUUCUCGCACGACCCGUCCAAGCUCGUAAACAAAAUGUCUCUGGAAAGCGGCUCCAAUACUCCUACUAGAAGUCAUAGUAGCUUGAUGCUCCAGGAUAUGAAUUCGUUCCCCUCUUUACAUGGCGAUUCAGACCAUCAUGGAGGCUAUUCAGGUAGCCCCAACUAUGCUUCAUCGCCGGGGAUGCGAUCCCUGCGGGCCGAGAGCCCACGCCCUAGAUCACGACCCGGAAGCCGACACCAGCUGAAAGAAAACUACAUAGCUGCUCCUGCCCUCGAUGAUAACGAGGCUUUCCCUUCCCUUGGUGCGGCUAUCGCAAAGCAGGGGAAGAAGCAUCAUGGCAAACGUGGCGGCCACGGUCAUAAGGAGAACGGUACUAGCUCUUUGGCCGACAUUGUCAAGAUGAAUCCACCUGCAUCUCCUAGGCUCGAAGUGCGCAAGCCUGUUAGCAACGGAAACGGCGUCGUUGGCAGCUCUGGCGAACAUGGCGCUGCAGCUCUGGCGAUACCCAGCCCAAAGCAUGUUCCCUGGCUUGAAACUGGAGAACGGGCCAACAAAGCAUAUCUCAAGGCCCGCCAGGAGGCUAUCAAACAUGGCGGCCUGAGGAACAAGUUUCUACAAAGCGCUGCACAAGCAUGGAAUCGCAACGAUGCACGGGCUGCCAAGGCUCUCAGUCUCCGCGGCCAGAGCGAGAAUGACCUGAUGAGAAAGGCUCACAGAGAGGCGGCUCGCGAACUAUACGAGGAGCGCAACAAGAAUCUGGACGCCGUGUCUGAAGUGUAUGUCGACCUCCACGGUCUCCAUCCGGAAGAGGCUGUGGAGUACCUGGAAAAAGUCCUCUUGGAGAAUGAAAAGGGAAAUCGACCUGUUUACGCCAUCACCGGCACCGGUCACCACAGCAAGAAUGGCAAGGAUAAAGUGGGAAAAGCGAUCCGGUCGUUCUUGAAUGAGUGGCGAUAUGCGUACCGAGAAUUCUCCGUGCCAGGAGAUCGCAAUAGCAUGGGCGGCAUCUUGGGGGUGGACGCCAGCAGCUGGGACAAGUCACUUGCACGGGAUGGAGCUGACGAAGAGAAAUCCACUGUUGAUUUUCUCAGCCAGGGCAUUGAGAUUGGCGACGGCAAAGUCAGGAUGCUG